AUGAAGCCCCAGAACAACGAUGAUAAAAAUAAAUCCAUUACUUAUAAUAAUUGGUUGGAUAAGCUGCCUCCAAAUCUUGCUCCGUAUGCUUUUCUAGCGCGUGUAGAUAAACCUAUCGGUACUUGGCUACUAUUUUGGCCAUGCGCCUGGGGUAUUUCAAUGGCGGCAUAUAAUUCAGGGACUUCAAUUCUCGAGACGGCAUCAAUGAUUGCACUAUUUGGUACUGGUGCUAUCAUCAUGCGAGGAGCAGGGUGUACAAUUAACGAUUUAUGGGACAGAGAUAUUGACAAUAAAGUUGAUCGUACAAAGUUGCGACCCAUCACUUCGGGCGCUAUCACACCAAAAAAAGCGAUCGCUUUCUUAGGGUUACAACUGUCAGCAGGACUUGCUGUGCUUACUCAAUUGAACGCGUAUAGCAUUCUUCUCGGAGCUUGCUCACUGUCUCUUGUGGUAACCUAUCCAUUAAUGAAACGUAUCACUUACUGGCCACAAACAGUGUUAGGCUUAGCAUUCAAUUGGGGUGCACUAUUGGGUUGGUCGGCAAUAACAGGCUCUCUAGAUUACUCAGUGGCUGGUCCAUUGUAUGCAGGCGGUGUUUGUUGGACGCUUGUCUAUGAUACUAUCUAUGCUCAUCAGGACAAGAAGGAUGAUAUAAGAGCAGGUGUCAAGUCAACUGCCUUGCGCUUUGGAGAGAGGACACCCCAAUGGCUCACUGGAUUUUCCACGGCUUUUGUUGGUAUGACUGCUCUGGCAGGUUACAUGAACGGUCAGGGCUUACCGUUUUAUUUGAUUAGUGUGUUGGGCACUGCUAGUCAUUUAGCCUGGCAGUUACGAACAGUAAAUUACAAUGAUACCGCUAGUUGUUGGUCCAAAUUCAAAAGUAACACGUGGGCUGGAGCGAUUCUAUGGUCAGGGAUUGUGGCAGAUUAUGCUAUUUCAUCUACACAUGCUUUGACUUAA